AUCUCCUCCAACGAGCCUGGAAAGGAAAGAGAGGUAAUCAGUGGCCGAAAAUGGCAGCCCCUGAUGGAGAGAAACGACUAGAUUACCCUUGACCUAUAUAAUGGAAACUCACCGCUGCAAAAUUUCAUCUCCUUUUCCUUGCCUUCCCCUCGGCGACCGAAUUUGCUUGCGGCUUUUCGGAGGGAGAGACCCGGAGACGGAAACGGAGAUAUGAUACCACAGCAAUGGGCUCAGCCUUGUGGCGGCGAAUGCACCCACAAAUACGCAUCUCUAACUCAGAUUCCUUGGAGAGUGUUUUGCAAGAAAGGUUGUAAUGCUGAUGGAGACACAUGGGAAGAGUGCUUGGAAGCGUGUGAAGAGAUAUGCUACAAGGACCCUGUAUUAAAGGACCAGCAGUGGACUGCUUACAUUGACCGUUCACCAGGAGCUGCAAGCUACUCAGAGGAAUGUUUCCAUGCUUGCGUGUCUGGCUGCGCCUAUAAAUUUGACGUUAAGAAAGACAAAGUUGACCAAACUCGUCCACACCGGCCAUGCAAACCUUCUCCCCCUCCCGAGAAGCCAUCUUCCUCUGUUCACAAACCUCCUACCACCAUAGCUGAUGAACAGUCAUAUUUACCUUGUACUUCUGCUUAGAAGUCAAUGGCAGAUACAAGAGAGAAAAAUACUAAGACAAGUGAAAAGGGUAGAGACGUACCAGCCACAAAAGUAGAUUACUGCUGGGAAGAUUGUUGAUGUUGUGUGUGAGAAUUGAUUUUCCUGUUGUUGUAGCAUUUACUUCCCUUUUUGAUUGGCCGAAAUGUGUUAGUUUCGAGAUCAAGCAAUUUUUAUUUCUUUAAGAGCUUCUGACUACCCUAACAUCCACAUUUCGGUAUAGCAUACCAGGAUAGCUAUAAUCUCAGUAGGGUUCAAAAACCAACUUUUAGAAUAGGUACUUAACCGUCAUCUUGUAUUAUUUUUUCAUCUCCAGAUGUACUCUCUGAAACUUUGUGUGUUAUGAUAAG